AUGCUCCGACGUUUUCUGAGACAUCUUCUUAUGAGGGCCAGGAUCCAGAAGCUUGUUGUCAUUCUUGGGGCCCUCUCUCUUGCUUACGUCAUAUCUUCCGUGCCAGCCGUCCUCUGGAACUCGGCAUACAAUGCUGGUCCAUUCGUCAAUCAAAAGCCCCACCCCCCGGCCUACGUGGACCCCUCCCAGGCGUGCGUGCAGCCCAUGCAGGACCCCGACGACCCGAUCAUGCUCACGUUCUACAAGAAAUUCAACAAAGUCGACUGCACUAGACGACCCAACUGGGUUUAUGUUGACAACGGGACGGUGAGGUUUUCAAAACUUGCCCGGAGAUUUCACGGAAAUUUUGCGUGUGACUACCACCCUCUCGUCCGAGGACCUGGUGAUUAUAAUGUGAGUUUCGCUAAACCGAUACCACAGAUCAAAGAUGGCUUCCCGCUUGUGUCAGACUUCUUUAAAAUAUCGUGCCAUUCCUUCAUACGGGUAACCUCCCACGAAAACCUCCACGCUGGGGUGUUUGUGAACCAGACGAUCAAAGACAGGCUCAAGCUGACCAAACCUCCAGCCAACGGUCUGGGACUGUCUGUGGCGCUACUAGGGUUUGAUUCCAUGUCCAGAAUGUCCUGGCUGAGACGGAUGCCAAAGACCAGAGAGUAUCUGGUCAACACGCUAAAGGCGAUAGAGCUGGAAGGUUACAACAUCUUGGGGGACGGGACGCCGGCGGCGUUGUUGCCGAUCCUGACAGGCAAGCACGAGCAUGAGCUACCGGAAGCCAGGAGAAAGAUGAAUCAUUCUAGACCCGUGGAUGGACAUCCGUGGAUAUGGAAACAGUUCCAGAAACAUGGUUACGUCACUUCCUGGGCCGACGCUGAGGUUGAUAUCGCACCUUUCAACUACAGAAUGCACGGAUUCGAACACCAACCCACUGACUACUUUAUGAGGCCGUUUUACUUGGCCGUGAAUCCCACAUAUAUCAAAUAUCCCAGAUACUGUCAUGGAUCCGAACCCAAACACAUGGUCUGGCUCAACUGGAUUCGUGACAUUUUCUACAUGUACAAAGACGACCCGAAGUUUAUGGUCCACUUCUACACACCACUGAGUCACGACGACAACAACCUUAUCACUAUGGCUGACGAAGAUCUAAGAAAUUUUCUGGAGAGGAUGGAGACUGGAGGGUACCUGAACAACACACUUCUGCUGGUCAUGGCAGACCACGGUGCCAGGUUCGCUGCAGUCAGGAGAACGCUCUCAGGGAAGUUGGAGGAACGUCUGCCUUACGUCAGUCUCAGGUUUCCGCCCUGGUUUGAAAAGAAAUAUCCGAGUCUGGUCAAAAACGUGAAGACAAACGUCAACAGACUGACUACGCCUUUUGACUUGCAUGAAACUUUCAAAGACAUUCUCAGAUUUGAUGGCGCUGGUUUGGGGGACGUUAUGAAUAGAGGUAUCAGUUUAUUUAAAGAAAUUCCAAAGUCAAGGACGUGUCAUCAUGCAGACGUCGCGCCUCAUUGGUGCGCAUGUCUGGCUUGGAAGGUCGUGAACCACACUGACCCGGAUGCAAAGCGCGCCCUAGCGGCGGCUGUAGACGCCAUCAACAAUUUCACUGAGCCCUACAGAUCUGAGUGUGCCAAGCUAAGUGUUGGUGACGUCACGACGGUCACCAAACUGCUGGUCAGCGAUGACGUCCUCCGCUUUAACCAGACGACAGGAGACCGCGGGCUGGAACCCAUCAUGUCCGACAACUCUGUCAAGAACGAGCGGGCCAUCUACCAGCUGACGUUUUUCACAGAGCCCGGCCACGGGGAAUUCGAACUGACACUGGAGCAUCUGCUCUACAUGGACACCAUGUCUGUUAAUCCUAAGGCGAUUAGCAGGAUUAAUAAGUACGGGAACGACCCAGCUUGUAUACUGGAGAAAAACAGAGAGAUAAGACAAUACUGUUAUUGUAAUAACAAUUUAAAAAACAGCUAGUGUGAAUGUUAGGUUAGUGAUGUUGUCGUGUUCAUUACAAUAAUAUACAGUAUUUUCUUGCACAUACGCAUAUAUACAUACAUUGACUUUAUAUACGUAUAUAU